UUUUUUUUUUCCAACUCAAAGAAAAAGUUGAGGGAAGCAGCGUGAUAGUUAAUUCUUGUCACUUGGGAGUGGGAAUCAGCUGGCAUCAACAAGAAUCAAACAACAGUCAGUGCACCGCCACCGUCACCUCACUCCUCCACUUGCUCUCGUGCCCUUGGGAUUGUAUGUGUGAAAAUACUGAGCACUUCAUUUGAAGAGAGCUGAGGGAGAGAAGUAAGAGGCGGCCACAAGUGGGUGGCCUUCAUGCUGGGGACAAGGGGAGUUGUGCUUAGGGCAGGAGGGCGACAGUUCACUAGAGUACUGAGUGGACUAAACCCAAGUGAGGGCAGUCCAGACCAGUGCUGCGGGCUGAUGGUAGCAACACGGAGCCUCUCCUCUGAAGCCCCACCCCAAGGCCCACGUGUGCCCCCGGCCUCAGGAGCCACCAUGCCAGACCCUGAAGCAUCUUACCCUGCGCUGGAGAAACUGGGACUCAUUGCGGCAGAGCAUGUGCGCAUCAAGGACCUGGCUAAGGUUGAGGAGCUGGUCAACACCAUCAUAGGCGGAGGCUUCUCCAGGUUACAGGUCAUUGUGGACUAUGACAUGACAUUGUGCAGGUAUCACGUCAAUGGAAAACAAGCAGUAUCUAGUUUUGGGAUCAUGGACAACAGCCCAGACAUGCCUGAGUAUUACCGGGAAGAGGCUAACCAGCUGCUGGCCAAGUACUACCCUAUUGAGGUGGACCCCAAGAUGACGGAGGAGGAGAAGAUUCCAUACAUGGUGGAGUGGUACCAGCAGAUUCACGACCUGCUUGUCAAGUGUUCCAUUAGGCAGGCGUCCAUUGAAGGCAUGGUGUCAGCCAGCAGUGCCAGAUUAAGGGAUGGAUCAGAGGAGCUAUGCCAGAAGCUGCAUCGUGCUGGGGUGCCUGUGCUGGUGUUGUCAGCUGGGAUGGGGGAUGUGCUGGAACAGGUCUUGAGGCAUUUUAAGGUCUACACUGAUAAUGUCAAGGUUGUGUCCAAUUUCUUUAACUACAAUGAACAGGGCAUCAUGGUGGGCUUCAAGGGCAACUUGAUUCACAUGUUCAACAAGAAUGAGGAUGCCAUUCACUCCUCUGACUACUUUGAGAAACUACAAAACAGGACCAAUGUGAUACUGAUGGGGGACUCCCUAGGGGACAUUAAGAUGGCCCUUGGGGUGCCCCAGCCCAGCAGUGUACUCAAGAUUGGUUUCCUCAAUGACAAGAUUGAUGAGCGUUUACCAGCCUUCAUGGACAAUUUCGACAUUGUGCUUCUUGAUGACCAGACUAUGGAUGUGGCCAACUCAAUAGUUGAUUUGUUGAAGUAAUUUCCAGUGCCUGCAGUCAACUGUUGCAAGAAAACAGUACAAGACAGACAACAUUUAAAAUAAAUUAUUGCAGGAGGGUUAGCAAGUGGCUCAGCAUUACCUAAAGUAUAUUCUUCAUAACAGAAUUUUUACUGUUAUCAUGUUUUGAAAUUUUUGUAACAGGUGUUUGAUGUAUAAAGUAUGUUGUAUUGGAAUGGUGAACACGUGGUCAUUGGAUAGGAAUCAUUCUGUUGUAUUUUGUUGUGAAAGGUUUAAUAUUGGUCUGCUGCCUCAGGAAGGUACUGAGCCUGGUACAUAGAAACCUUGCAAAAACUUGCUCGUGGUUGUCCGUCGUUCAGCCUGUGCUGUAGGAAGCAGCUGAUUAAUUGUAGCCAUGAUAAUUGGAUGCAGUGUAUUAAGCAAGAAAACAUUUUUUCAAGCUGUUACUGGUGUGUCAGCUCUCACAUGUAAAAAAUAGGCUGCUAUUUGUUUACUUGCCUUGUUUUGUUAAUUUGUUUGGUUUGGUUUGGUGCAGCCUAUUCGUUAAGAAGUGUCCAUGUGGAGCCUAAGGAAUUUAUGGGGAUAGAAGUGGCCUGUAUCUUAGCAUUGCAAAAAGAAAGCCACAUUGAGAGUGUGUGAACUGGAAGGUGUAAAGCAACCAUGAAGCGUGCAACAUUAGCUGUAUGUGGCUUACGUGCUGCCUAAUGUGACUAGAUAAUACAAACCACACUCCAUGAGAUCAAGGAAGCCUAUGAAGUUAUGUAACAUACUUUAACAUGAAGUAGUGGAGAACUUCCAACUGGGGAUGCGCAGAAUUAAUCCCAGUAUUCAUCAAAACAUGACAAAGCAAAUUACACUCAAGAUCUUUAAGGACCUCCCAAUUUCAUUUGUAGCCAACAAAAGCCUCAAGACUGUAGUCAUCAGAGGAUUGGUGAAAAGAAGUGUUUAGCACAAUGAAACUCCACAAAACCCUACAACGCAAUACUGACAGGUGUACCAUUAAGACCUGAAGUACAUGGGCCAGUCCAAGUUAUAAUGUAUGUUUGAUGCUGCUAUAAAUUGAACCAAGUAGUUCCAGAGUUUGUCUAUGAAAUAUCAAAUAUCUAGGAUUCAAGGAGUGGCACUGAGCUUUUUGAAAGAUGCACAUAAUGUGAAUAGGAAAGAUGAUGAAAGCAUUAGCAGUGAAAAUGUCUGGAAGGUUUGGCAAGUCUGCUAAAAAUGAAGGAAGGAAAUCUGGAGUUAUAACUAAACCAAAACCAAAAUCAUUAGAUUAUUUGAUCUUGCAAAGGUGAAAAUGAGAGGGCAAACAUAUGUCAAGGUGAAGUGGACACUUUGGUUGUGGGAGUAAGAUCACCAUAAAGUGAGAGAAGGGAGGAAUGGGAGCUUGAGGGGAUAGAAUGUGCUGGUGGUGUUUAUACACAGGAACUUGUAGACUCUUCUGUCACUGUCAUCAACCUAGAGGGAGUUUCAAGGAAUGGGUGUUAGAUUACACUAAAAUUAGAUGUUUACUUUGUAUUAUAAUUAUACUUAGUAUGGUCAACACCAAUAAAAAUGCAAAGAGAAUUCAUACCUAAAGUUGUUCACUAUGUACAGUUUGCUAGACCUCCCUUUGUUUAAAAGAAAGCUGUAAAAAAUUAGUACUGAGUAGAGUUUAAUUUCUGCUAGCCGAGAUAAGAAAACCAUAAAGGCUAUGAGCACAUUUUUGCAGGGAUAACUUGUACCUCAACCUUGCCUUAUUUUUUCAAAUUCAGGCUGCAGAAAAUUUCUAAUUGAUUCAGAAAUGAUAGCAGAAGAGCUUGAGAUGAAACUGAUAAAGACCUACUCCCUCCUAAUUAGCACUUCCCACUCCUGCAUCAUCAACCAUCCCUACAUUGCUGCUCAACUUGCCAUGUUUACAUCAGUCCGUUCGUCCACCAUGGCCAUAAGCCCAGUGAAAUCACAUAACAGGUUAUGGAAAGGCACGAUCAGUAUUCUUCUGCCAUAAACCAGUUUUGAGAGCAACUGUUGCAAGCUUGACAACACUGUGGCAUUAUAGUACUGCAUUUCUCAUGUGGCUGAAGAGAUAUGUUGCUGAUGUCUAUUUUGAUUCUCCACCUGUGGAGAAAGUUUAAAUGGUUGACAAAUUAGGAAAAGGCAGCCUAAUUGCCUUCUCUUUAGCUGUUUUCUUGGAUAUGCUGCCAUGCUCAUGGGUGGCAGACUCAUGGUGGAAAGUGCAGUGCCAAAACUAACCAUACAACACAAAACUGAGGACUUUGGAAAAGUAAAUAAAUGUAAAGAUCCUCUAUGUAAGAGAUACUCUGCUCUCAGAACUUUUUGGAGAUUAAAUUCCUGCAGUUAUUAUGUAUUGCCCAAAUAGGGCUGAAACCUUAGUCUUUAAGUUUAACGGGAGUUCAGUAUUCUUAUUUCUUUUCCUGAAAAGGACUCAAAUUUUUUUUCAUUUUGAGUUGUAGUUGUGUGCAGCACACCAUGCAAGUGCAAGUCUGUCAUGUUUUAAUAAAAUUUAUUCUACAUUUUAAUUAGGUACAUGUCAUCCUAACCUUAUGUGAAGUGUACUAAACCUGGUAUAGUUGGAUGCAAAUACUUAAGGUGGGGCAGGUGUGGGAGUUCCCUACCCAGCAACAUUGUCACUUCAACAAUAUCUUGUAUGUUGGGUAUUGAGUGUAGUCUUCACAUAUUUGUAUAUAAAGCAAGACUAUAUAAUGUGAAUGUAUUGAAUUUUAGGAUAAAUUCAUUUAUGAAGGAAUCCAGAACACAUAAGUGUGCUACUCAGCAACAUUGUCAUGUCUACGGUCAUGGCCACCAGUCGACCCCUGAGGUAGCCCACCUAUUGUGGACCUCAGAUCACUAUUCCCUGCUAGAGGAAGAGGAUAAGGGAGGGGGAGGAGGGAAAGUAGCUGAGUAUCAACAUGUGAGACAGAUGCAAAGUUUUCUUGCUAACAUUUUAUCACAUUUUAAAUUGUAAAAUGUUUUUAGCAAUACACAUAAAUACAAUGUGUGUGGAACUAGCACCUCCUGCUUGUUUGGGUGCUAAUCAAUUUGGAGAGUGCUUUGGCAGGGUAGCUUAAGAAAGGACUGUGGAACUGAACAAGUUGUGUGUGUGUGUGUAUACUCUGUCAUUGCUCACCAUCAUAUAUAAUUUGAACUCUG